GAUAGCGAGCCGUACCAGUUACCGCUCGCAUCAUGUCUGACUCUGACCGACUAUAAUUCUCUAGUGAACACGCCAAGCCUUACGAGAGUAACAUUACUGUAAUAUUAACACAGCACUGCUGCCGGCAAAUCACAUCGCUAACGGUCAUUGCUGUCCACCUAUCGUGCACAAAACAUGGCUGAAUCGGACAACACGAGGGUAGUGGCGAUCGCCAUCGACGGGAGUCCUUACGCCGAGCAGGCGUUUGACUGGUAUAUGGACCACAUUCGUCGAGAAAACGACCAACUGGUUUUGAUACAUGUUCCAGAGUCGUACGACCUUCAUCUAGCAAGCCCAGGAGUGGUACAACAAAUACUACAGGAACUCGAAGUUAAGGUCAAGGCCAUCGAGGACAAGUACAGAGCAAAGGUCGAGGGCAAGAUCCAAGGAAGAUUCCGGACUGGAUCAGGAAAACCAGGGGAGGUAAUCGUAAAGAUUGCUGAAGAAGAAAAGGCGGGAAUGAUUGUGACAGGGACCAGAGGUCAGGGAAAGUUCCGGAGGACGGUCAUGGGCAGUGUUAGCGACUAUAUAGUUCAUCACGCGCAUGUACCCGUGCUCGUUUGCAGGAAGGAAAAGGAUUUGAAGGCAUAGCUGUAUAUGAUAACGUGUACUUGAUCGGGACAUAUUCAUUGUAGAUUUAUACAUGGGGAGUGGUUAUUUUUUGUUGGAUUGCUUGGAGGAUACGUUGCGUUAAAAGGUCAGGGGCCAAUACGAGGAACGUAAGGUCUAAAGGCCAGGGGUCAACACCAGGCACGUUAGGUCUAAAGGUCGUGGGGUCAACACCAGGCAUGACAAAUUAAUUAACCUGACAGUUUGUUGGUCACAACAUUAUGGUCAGAUAAACCUGUCUAAUAUGACGCAACAGAACACUUUUUUUUGCCUAAACAAGACAAAAUGGGAGAAUACACAAGUUUUAUUCGGAAAAUUAUAUAAGAAAUGAUUAUUGUUUGAUGAAUGUGAUUUUUUGGAAAACUGACAUUUCAGAUUAUAUGAGACUUAUCCCAUAUUGUAGAGUAUCAAAUCUAUCCAAGAUAAAGUAACUCAUUGUAGUAGCUUGUGAUGUACUCUUCAUAAUAAUUAAAGUGUAGUAUGUCUUGUUAAACCAUAGAUUGUUGUCACUUUUGUCACUUUUGUCUCAGCUUGAAAGACAAGACUCACAGCCAUUCUAACUAGAAUACUCCAUAAAAUGGAGGGAGUAGUCCCCAUCUGCCGUAAGCAAAUAACCUAGAUCAAUGAAACUAAAAAUGUUUGCAGUUUUAAAAUAAUUAGAGGGAAUUAUUUGAGAAUAUCAUAGAAAUCAUUAUUAUGAUUUUUUUUGUUGAAUACUGUAAGAGUAGGAAUGGUAGAACAAGUAUGUGUAAUAGAUAUCUACGAUGGCCGGGCUGGAGGUAAAUGUUUAGCCGUUUUACCCAAAUUAUCUCCCUUUCCGUUUUGUGGAAGCCUAAUCCUUGUAACUGGAUCACUACUGUCAUUAUCUACAUGUACCAAUAAAGAAAACAUAUAAACAA